GGUGAAGCAGAUUAAGGCAUCCAAUGCCAGGCUCAUCGUAACACAAGCCUGUAGCGUCGUUAAGGUAAAAGAUUACGCGGGGGAGAAUGGCAUCAAGGUGGUGUGCACCGACACGGCGGCGGACGGCUGCCUGCACUUCUCGGAGCUGGCGGAUGCGGAGGAAGAUGGGAUGCCGGAGGCGGGCGUGAAGCCGGACGACGUGGUGGCGCUGCCGUAUUCCUCCGGGACGACGGGGCUCCCGAAAGGGGUGAUGCUGACCCACAAGGGCCUGGUGACCAGCCUGGCGCAGCACGUGGAAGGGCAGAAUCCUCACUUUUACCUGCGCGGCGAAGACGUGCUGCUCUGCGUUUUGCCCUUCUUCCACAUCUACUCGAUGUCCAUAUUUCUCUGCGGGUUGCGGGUCGGGGCCCGCAUCUUGAUAAUGCAGAGGUUCGAUAUCGUGCCGUUCCUGGAGCUGAUACAGAAGUAUAAAGUGACGAUUUGCCCCUUCGUACCGCCGAUCGUAUUGGCCAUUGCGAAGAGCCCGGCGGUGGACAAUUACGACCUUUCGUCGGUUCGGAUUGUCAUGUCCGGGGCGGCCCCGUUAGGUAAGGAGCUCCAAGACACCGUUAGAGACAAAUUCCCUAACGCUACCUUUGCGCAGGGAUAUGGAAUGACAGAAGGAGGGUCAGUACUGGCGAUGAGCUUAGCCUUCGCAAAAGAGCCUUUCCAGAUCAAAUCGGGGUCGGUUGGAACUGUGGUUCGGAACGCCGAGUUGAAGAUUGUGGAUCCGGAGAUGGGAUCCUCUUUGCCCCGGAAUCAACCCGGAGAGAUCUGUAUCAGGGGUGACCAAAUCAUGAAAGGUUAUUUGAAUCAACCAGAGGCCACUAAAAGCACGAUUGACGGUGAAGGAUGGCUGCAUACGGGAGAUAUAGGGUACAUCGAUGAGGACGACGAGUUGUUCAUUGUGGACCGACUGAAGGAGCUGAUCAAAUACAAGGGCUUCCAGGUUGCCCCGGCUGAACUUGAAGCCUUACUCCUUAACCAUCCCCUACUCUCUGAUGCUGCAGUCAUUCCCAUGAAAGAUGAAGAGGCAGGAGAAGUCCCAGUUGCUUUUGUUGUUAAGUCCAAUGGAUGCACCAUCACGGAGGAUGAAGUUAAAGACUUCGUCUCCAAACAGGUUAUAUUUUACAAAAGAAUAAAGAGAGUAUUUUUUGUGGAUGCUGUUCCCAAGUCUCCCUCGGGGAAAAUUCUAAGAAAGAACCUGAGGGCAAGACUAGAAGCCGGAGUGCCCAAUUAAUUCUAGCUCCGAUCUACAUCCAUGCCACUGGAUGGGAGCCUUUUGAGUUUUUUCCUUACACUUCGAUAUUCUACUAUUGUAAAAUAAUAAUUGCAAUUAUUGUUAAUAAUGGUAUCAAGAGUACUUUCUUAUAA